AUGGCUGCCGGAUUGCCAGAGGAGCUGGUGGUUGCGGCCCACGGCAACUUCGACCACGCGCAUGUGGUUGACGACAACGUGGGUUUGGCCGCGAGUUACGAUGUGGACAUUUGCGAGCUGCAGAAGGCCCUUGCCAGCUCCGGCGAUGAGGGCUGGCAGGAGCUGCGGGAGUUCCACGGCGGCCUCGUCAAGCCAAAGAUCGUGUUCUUCGGCGAGGACCUGCCGCGGCGGUUCUUCCAGCUGCAGCGCCCCGACCUGGAGACCUGCGACCUGCUGCUGGUCAUGGGCACGUCUCUGGAGGUCUCCCCCUUCAACACGCUGUUGAAUCUGGUGCCCGACUCCGUCCCCAGGCUCUUGAUCAACCGGGAGCCUGUGGGCUUGUGUCACGAGCUGGCGGGCGGCUUUGACUUUGGCGACGGCCGCGACGUCUUCUUCCAGGGCGACUGCGAUGAGGGCGUGAAGAAGCUCGCCGCAAGGCAGGCAGUGUUUGGGCGGGUGUGA